AUGGCCAGCUCGACACGCUCUUCCAAACGCCAGAAGACCGGCGCCGAUGCCACAGCUGAGACGGGCGACUCGAUGCCCUACAAAUUGAUUUACUGGCCCGGCAUUCCAGGCCGAGGUGAGCACAUCCGCCUCGCCUUUGAAGCCACGGGCACUCCCUACGUCGACGUGACCAACAAAACCGAUGCCGGGGUCGGUGCAGUCAUGAGCCAGAUCAGCGAGAAGAAUGUCGGCGAUGACCAUAAUCCACCGCCCUUGGCUCCGCCGAUUCUGCAGCACGGUGACAAUAUUCUUCUCUCCCAGACACCCAAUAUCCUCGCCUAUUUGGGUCCCAAGCUCGGGUUGGUGCCCAAUGUCGCCGAGGAUAGCGUGGGAGUGUACCACGUCAAUGCGCUCGCAUUGACGGCACUAGACGGCCUCUCCAAUGAACCACAUGAUGUCCACCACCCCAUCGCCAGUGGAGCCUACUAUGAAGAACAGAAGGAGGAGGCGCUCAAGAAGGCCGCCGACUACCGAUCUGUCCGUCUGCCCAAGUUCUUGGGAUACUUUGAGCGAGUCCUCUCGGGGCCGGCCUCGGGCGGCGGUGAAUGGUUGUACGGUGGAAAAUUGACCUAUGCCGACUUGGUCCUCUUUCAGACGAUGGACGGAGUGACGCAUGCCUUCCCCAAGUGUAUGGGUAAGUUGAAGAGCAGCGGGAAGUAUGACAAGGUCUUCGCUCUCUACGAGAGGGUCAAGGCGUUGGACAAGAUCAAGAGCUACCUGGAGAGUGACAGAAGACAGAAGUACGGCAUGGGAAUUUACAGGCAUUAUCCCGAGCUGGACGAAGAUUAA